AUGCCCAGUCCUAUCUUCCCUCUGGAUCCAUUCACACCAAUUACUGACUGGGAUUUAUUGAGUAGAGGGCAGCGCUUGCAUUGUGCGAUGGAUGGUGACCAGGAAGCUGCAAAUCAGGCCGUUUCUAGGCCGAUUAGCGAAUGGACAGACUAUGAGGACGUGGCUAGAUAUGGGUGGGAGUUGGACGAAGACGCAGAAAUAAACGACGCAAUGGGUCAGGACCUUCUUGAAGCUGCGUUCGAGAAGCUCAACAUUGAUGCAGACAAGAACGAGAUCAUAAAAAUUGAUCAAAUAGUACCUGUAACGGUGGGCGGUAACGAAUAUGAGGUAGGGGGAUUUGAGACUCUUGACUAUCGUGAUUCCCGAUUGACAGUUUCUAGCCAUCUGGAGCAGAAUAUAAGUGUCUGUUCAAUGCGGGCGAGAGAAUGA